AUGGGUGACAAGAGAAACAGCUAUUUGGUCAACACGGUCUCUGCUGAGACGUCGUUCACAAAAGACGACGACUCCGAUUUGAGCUUCGCCGAUAAGCCUACUAACGACGGUAUCACGUUUGCCGAAGGUGAGAGAAAAGAUGGUAUUUCUGUGCCAGGAAGAGCAAGGAGAAGAUUGUCGUUUCACAGCUCGAACAGAGAUGACGAUUUGUUCACCAUCAGGGAACGUGUGCAGCCCGAUGUGGUGCUUCCAGCCGUGUUCAAGACCAUUUCUCACGAGGUCGAAACACGCUCAGAGCACCAAACGGAGCUUGAUCCCACUUCUGGCAAAUUCGCCGGAAUCACUUAUCACACUGACGAUCCUGAGAAGCUUGUUGUUGAUUUCGGCACUGAUGUGACGUACGGAUUGAGUUCUGCCCAGCUGGUUGCCAGAAGGAAGGAAUUUGGUCCUAACGUCCAGUCCAAACCACCUAGUCGCUUGUUGAAGAAAAUUUUCAUGUACUUUUUUGGCGGAUUUGGUGGCUUAUUGUUGACCGGUGGUAUCUUGUGUAUUGUCAGCUGGAAGCCUUUGGGCAACCCAGACCCUGCGAUCGCCAAUUUGAUUCUCGGUAUCAUUUUGCUUUUUGUCUUCUUGUUCCAGGCUAUGUUUAACUUCUUUCAAGAUUUCUCCAGUUCUCGUGUCAUGGACUCGAUCCACAAUAUGAUCCCUGUUGAGACCUUGGUCGUUCGUGAGGGCAACUUCGAGCAGGUUGAUUCAAAGAUUCUUGUUCCGGGUGACAUCAUCAAGUUUGGCACUGGCGUCAAGGUGCCUGCCGAUAUAAGAAUAGUGGAAGCCUCGCCCGAUUUGUCUUUUGAUAGGUCCAUUUUAACCGGUGAGUCGGAUGCUGUUCCGGCCACUUAUCGUUCUGACCCGCUUCAUUCUAACUACCUUGAAAGUAACUGUAUUGCAAUGCAGGGUACUUUUGUUGUCGGAGGUUCAGGUAAAGGUAUUGUGGUUGCAACUGGUGACCACACCAUCUUUGGUACCAUCGCCAAGUUGACCUCUGAGCCCAAGAAGGGAUUGACACCAAUGCAAUGGGAGAUUUUGCGAUUUGUUCUCAUGACUUCUUCGAUCAUUGUGACCUUGGUUGUUUUGAUUAUCAUUCUUUGGUGUGCGUGGUUGAACAAGGACCACAAAGGCUGGCUCACGGUUUCUGGUCUUAUCGUUGACAUUGUUGCAGUGGCAGUUGCAUUUAUCCCAGAAGGUUUACCAAUUGCUUUAACGACCUGCUUAAUCAUCACGGCGAACCAGAUGAGAAAGAGCAAGAUUUUAUGUAAGACGUUGUCAACUGUUGAAACGUUAGGCUCGGUGAGUGUGUUAUGCUUUGACAAGACGGGAACUUUGACGAGGAACAACAUGACGGUUACUGAUGUCUGCAAAGGAGAUGAUGAGGAUUCUGUGACCGAACUCAAAUCGCAGGAGUCUGGGGAAACAGAGUUUACCGAUGCUUUAACUACUCAUUUUCUUACCAUCUGCAGCUUAUGCAACGAUGCAACAGUCUCCAAGGACGGCUCCUUGAAUGGUAACGCAACUGACAAAGCUGUGUUUACGUACUCAGACUCUAUCAUGCCAAAGUGGGAGCUUGAACAGAAAUGGAGCUCGAGGUUCCAGAUUGCUUUCAACUCCAAGGAUAAGUACAUGGCUAAUCUUUUGGAUGCCAACUCCUCGUUCCAGAUUCCUGAAAAGACUUGGUCACAAAUUGGUAUUGAGUUACCCCUUGGCCAAGAAGAGAACUUUUCUUUGUUGACGGUGAAGGGUGCUCCAGAUAUUCUCUUGAAACGCUGCACUAGUAUACUUCAAAGGGAUGGUGAUGAUCGUGUUGUUGUUCAAAAUCUUGAUGAUCAGAAUCUUGACAAAAUUCGGACGAUUCAACAAAAAUGGUCCAGAGGGGGCAAGAGAGUGAUUUUGCUUACCUCAAAAAUGGUUCAGCCUUCUACGAUUGAUUUCACGGAUAGGUUCAGUGCUACUGAAAGAUUGAGGGAAGAAUCGUCUGAUGGCAUGACACUUGUUGGUAUGCUUGGAAUUGAGGAUCCACCCAGAAAAAAUAUCAAUACCGUGAUUAGCAGAUUACGAGACGCUGGUGUGAAAAUUGUCAUGAUUACUGGUGACUUUGAACUUACUGGGUUGUCUAUUGCGAAACAGGUAGGAAUCGUCACCGGCAACGUUGACACUUAUCAAGAUGUGAUUGUUGCAGCAACAAAAGAGCCUGUUUCAAAUGAUGAUACGCCCAUUCCAAGAGCUGUCAGUAUUGUGGGAAGUGAUUUGAACACAUUGACUGAUGAUGAGUGGUCUCGGGUAGUUCGCUAUGAGGAACUAGUCUUUACUAGAACAACGCCUGAACAGAAACUCAUGAUUAUCAAACGGUUCCAAAAGCACAAGCACGUUAUUGGUAUGACGGGCGAUGGUAUAAAUGACAGUCCUUCCCUCAAACAGGCAGACAUUGGUAUUUCGCUCAUCGACGCAUCAGAUAUUGCCAAAGAAGCUUCCGAUAUCAUUUUGAUGAACAACACAGACGCUGAAGACGAAUUGUUCAAUUCUAUCAUCGAUGCUUUAGAGUACGGAAGGUUGGUGUUUGAGAAUCUUCGAAAGACAAUUGGAUACUUGCUUCCUGCCGGUACUUACGCCGAGCUCUGGCCUGUCUUGAUGAAUGUGAUUUUCGGUAUGCCGCAGAUGCUUCUGUCUUUUUUGAUGAUUAUCAUUUGUUGCAUUACAGAUUGUGCUGGUGCUAUCAUCUUGGCUUACGAAUCGAGUGAGAGAAACUUGUUGCAGAAGAAACCAAGAAGCGUUACCAAGGAGAAGUUGGUCGACUGGAAGUUAUUUUUACACUCCUACUUCACUAUCGGUACUUAUUACUGCUUUACGUCUUUCAUGGUGGCAUUCCUCAACCUCACGAGAAGGAGAUACAAGUUUUCAGACUUCUCAUUGAGCUACGGCACCUACGAAGAUCUACCCAAUGUUGAGGAUUACAUCAACAUGUCUUCGUCGAUAUACUUUGUGAAUUUGGUCAUCAUGCAGCUGUUCAACCUUUUUGCCAUGAGAACCAGGUACCUCAGUAUGUUUCAACAUCUGCCCAUGAAAAACAAGUAUUUAUUUGCAGUGGUGCCGAUCACACUUGGAGUGACCUUCAUUGUCAACUAUAUUCCUGCAAUUCACUCAGCCCUUGGAACUGCUCAGGUGCCCGUUGAAUACUACUUUAUUGCCGUUGGUUUUGGAGCUGUGGUCUUGGUAUACGAUGAAUUGAGGAAGUGGUACAACAGAAAACACCCCGACAGCUUUUUGGCCAAAAUCGCCUGGUGA